AUGGAUUAUAAUUCUAAGUUUGUUGAUCUGCUGGCUUCUCAACAACGAACUGUGUUCGAUUUUGCUCAAGAUAGUGUCGAACUAUCUUCCUCUCAAGUCCCUUAUUCUGGAACUCAAGCUCACGAAGCUUCAAACUUUGCUGAGAGUCCUGCAGAGCGUAGACAGAGGAGGAAUUGGACACCAAUCGAUGAUCUUGUACUAAUCAGCGCAUGGUUGAAUACAAGCAAGGAUCCGGUUGUAGGCAAUGAGCAAAGGUGUGGUACUUUUUGGAAAAGGGUUGCAGCCUACUUUGCCGCAUCUCCUAAGGUAGCAGGCUCGGAACAGAGAGAGUCAAGUAACUGUAAACAACGCUGGCAGAAGAUCAACGACAUUGUCAACAAGUUUUGUGGAGCCUAUGAAGCAGCAAGUAGAGAGAAAUCAUCUGGGCAGAAUGAGAAUGAUAUUGUCAAGCUUGCUCAUGAGAUCUUCUACAACAACCAUAAAAAAAAAUUCAAUCUUGAGCAUGCUUGGAAAGAGCUCCGUAAUGAUCAAAAGUGGCGUGAGCUUUCCACUUCAAAAACCCAUGGAAGUGCUAAACGGAGGAAGUGUGAUGAUGGUGCUCAAUCAACAACCUCAAACGGAACUGAAACGACCAAUGGUGAAGAAGAUCAAGGCGCCACUCGUCCACCGGGUGUGAAGGCUGCAAAGGGCCAGCGUAAGAAGAAGGAUGUGGCAGAUGGGAAGAAGAAGGAUUUGGCAGAUGGGAAAAAACUGUCUGAGUUUGAAGGUAUGUGGAGUAUCAAGAUGGAAGACUUGGCUAUGAAAGAGAAGUUGUCAAAGAUGAAGUUGCUUGAGAGUCUAAUUGCAAAACCAGAACCUUUGGCUGACUAUGAAGAAGCACUGAAGAAGAAGCUAAUCACUGACCUGUUGGCUUAA